AUUAAUAAUAGAGUGAUUUGGACGUUCGCCACAUGAGGUCAUCUUUUCUUUCAAAACAAAUAAAAUGGCGGCGCGCCUGCGAUGGGGACUUCACCAGUUGUUGCGGUCAAGAAACGCUUUCCCUCUUAGGUUUCCAGCCAAGUCAAGAAGCUCAUACCACACACAAUGCACCGGCCAGAGCCUUAGGAAAGCUCAACUUCUGCCCGCUGCAGGAGUCCCUCGUUUCACAAUGCGACACCUGUCCAUCCAGACACAAGAUACUCCAAACCCCAGGAGCUUGAAGUUUCUCCCUGGUAAACCUGUCUUAGGAUCUGGGACUCUGGAUUUUCCUUCUCCAAGCUCCGCAGAGUGCUCAUCUUUGGCCAGGGACCUCUUUGAGAUUGAAGGAGUUAAAAGUGUAUUCUUUGGCCCUGACUUCAUUACAGUGACUAAGGCAGAUGAUGAUGUGGAAUGGACAGAUAUUAAGCUUCAUGCUGUGGAGGCCAUUGCUAAGUUCUUUGAGAGUGGAGACUCCAUAACAACUGGAGAAGUGCACCAUGAGAGCAGUUUUUCUGAAGAUGAUGAUGAAGUUGUAUCAAUGAUAAAGGAACUGCUGGAUACAAGAAUCAGACCUACCGUGCAGGAGGAUGGUGGUGAUGUCAUCUUCAAGGGCUUUGAGGACGGCACUGUCAAGCUGAAGCUGGUGGGAUCUUGCACAGGCUGUCCCAGUUCCACAGUUACCCUUAGGAACGGAAUUCAGAACAUGCUACAGUUUUACAUCCCAGAGGUGGAUGAUGUGGAACAGGUGGAAGAUGAGGUGGAUGAAAUUAAUGCAAAAGUGUUUGCAGAUUUAGAGAGAAAACUUCAAGAUUAAAACUGUGCUUGGCUCAUGUUCUAACAGUUGUAGAAAAUUGCUUUCCCUCUAUUAAACAAAGGCUGUCUGUGCUUAAACUAGUUACCAUACCACAUUUAUUUCACUCAGAGAAAAAUAUUCUCUUUGUAUCUAUGCACACUGUUAGUCUUCAGGUUAUGAUUAAUUCAAACACAUACUUUAUGCACAUAUUACCAAGGAAGAAAGCUUUAUCACAGUAGUCCUUUUUCCAACAAGACAGAAUAUGCCACUGUAAAGAUUUCUGUAAAUUUUGUUUCUUUUUAAUAUUGAUAUUGUACAUUUUGAAAUGAAAUACAAUGGCAGUUGUUGAGCUUGAUAAUGAUGUGUGUCUGUUGCUGGGUCCAGGAUGACAGGUCAUGUGGGACAUAGUACAACUGUGAGUGAGUGCCCUGUGAAUUCAUCAUCCUGGUAAUUAUGUAUUUAUAGCCAUUCAUUGAGUGGAAGUAGGUGCAAAGUUCAGAUAUGUGCAAAAAAUCUAUGUUGACUCUGCGUUAGGGCUGUGAUAUAUUUAUUCUGUUACAUUAAACAUUGAUUCACCUCGUGAAAGCGAACGUCAUGCUUUUUAAUGAUCAAGUCUUAUUAAUUUUGGAGAUUUCUGCAAGGGAAAGUCCAAUAUGUUUAAUAUGCUACUGCAAAUAUACAGUGCCUUGCAAAA